CCUUCAUCACUGCGCCCUGCCGGUGAGCUUCCCUCCGCUCCUUCUCUCGCUCAUGGUAGCGAAGGUAUAACCAUGGCUGUCUCACUCUCUCUCCUCAUACCCACUCAGGCUUCUUCUCACCGUCUCAAUUCCAUCCCCGGAACUAUAUGCUUCCCCUUUAGCCGGAGAGUCUUCACCGUCCAGCGGAGCUUCCUCUCCGGCGAGCGGUCGUUCCUCGGCGCCGGGAAGGCCAGGGCUAAGCCGCGGGAGCUGGUCCUCGGCAACCCCUCCGUCACCGUCGAGAAAGGUAAGUACAGCUACGACGUGGAGACCCUGAUCAACAAGCUCAGCAGCCUCCCGCCCCGCGGCAGCAUCGCCCGCUGCCUCGACAUGUUCAAGAACAAGCUGUCCCUCAAUGACUUCGCACUCGUGUUCAAGGAGUUCGCCCAGCGGGGCGACUGGCAGCGGUCUCUUCGCCUCUUCAAGUACAUGCAGCGGCAGAUAUGGUGCAAGCCGAACGAGCAUAUCUACACGAUCAUGAUCAGCCUCCUGGGCCGCGAGGGACUGCUCGAUAAAUGCCGGGAGGUGUUCGAUGAAAUGCCGACCCACAACGUCCCUCGCAGCGUCUUCUCGUACACUGCGCUGAUCAACUCCUACGGCCGGAAUGGUCAGUAUGAGGUUUCGCUUGAACUGCUUGAUAGGAUGAAGAGUGAGAGGAUCUUACCGAGCAUUUUGACUUACAAUACUGUGAUAAAUGCCUGUGCUAGGGGCGGUCUUGAUUGGGAGGGCUUAUUAGGUUUGUUUGCCGAAAUGAGACAUGAGGGAAUUCAACCGGAUCUUGUGACUUACAAUACUCUGCUUAGUGCUUGUGCUAGUCGGGGUCUCGGAGACGAGGCCGAGAUGGUGUUUAGGACAAUGAACGAGGGGGGAGUAAUUCCCGACAUAACAACUUAUAGCUAUCUUGUUGAGACAUUCAGUAAAUUGGGCAAGUUAGAGAAGGUUUCGGAGCUGCUGAAAGAAAUGGCAUCCGAAGGGAACUUGCCAGAGAUCACGUCGUAUAAUGUGUUGUUAGAGGCAUAUGCUGAAUUGGGUUCGAUUAAAGAAGCUAUGGACGUUUUUAGGCAGAUGCAGGAGGCAGGGUGUGUGCCGAACGCGACCACUUAUAGCAUUUUGUUGAAUUUGUACGGGAAGAAUGGGAGAUAUGACGAUGUCCGCGAGCUGUUUCUUGAGAUGAAAGUGAGUAAUACCGAGCCGGAUGCAGCUACUUACAAUAUAUUAAUUCAAGUGUUUGGUGAGGGUGGUUAUUUUAAGGAGGUGGUGACUCUCUUCCAUGAUAUGGUGGAGGAGAAUGUCGAGCCAAAUAUGGAGACAUAUGAAGGAUUGAUAUUUGCAUGUGGGAGGGGAGGGCUUUAUGAUGAUUCCAGGAAGAUGUUACUUCAUAUGAACGAGAAGGGGAUUUUGCCCAGUUCGAAGGUCUAUACUGGGGUCAUUGAAGCAUAUGGGCAGGCUGCCUUGUAUGAGGAAGCCAUUGUUACCUUCAAUACAAUGAAUGAAGUAGGCAGCCGGCCCACUGUUGAAACCUUCAACUCGCUUAUUCAUACAUUUGCACGGGGUGGACUUUACAAAGAGGCCGAGGCAAUAUUGAUAAAGAUGGGGGAGUCUGGAGUUUCCAAGAACAGGGAUACAUUCAAUGGUAUGAUUGAGGCAUAUAGGCAAGGAGGUCGGUAUGAAGAGGCUAUUAAGACUUACGUGGAGAUGGAAAAGGUGAGAUGUAAUCCCGAUGAGCGGACACUGGAGGCAGUUUUGAGUGUCUACUGCUUUGCUGGUCUUGUUGACGAGAGUGAGGAGCAGUUCAGGGAAAUUAAAGCUUCUGGACUAUUGCCCAGCGUUAUGUGUUACUGUAUGAUGCUUGCUGUUUAUGCGAAAAGUAAUAGGUGGGACAAUGCGUAUGGUUUGCUGGAUGAGAUGUGCAUGGACAAGGUUUCGCAAAUACAUCAAGUAAUUGGUCAAAUGAUCAGAGGGGACUAUGAUCAUGACUCAAAUUGGCAGAUUGUUGAGUAUGUUCUCGACAAGCUUAAUUCUGAAGGAUGUGAUUUGGGGGUGAGAUUUUAUAAUGCACUUUUAGAGGCACUUUGGUGGUUGAACCAAAAAGAGCGUGCUGCUAGAGUGCUUAAUGAAGCGACAAAGAGGAGUCUCUUUCCUGAACUUUUCCGUAAAAACAAACUUAUUUGGUCUGUGGAUGUGCAUAGAUUGUGGGAAGGUGGUGCAUAUACUGCUUUAUCAGUUUGGCUUAACAAUAUUAGCAAGAUGUUUGGGAGUGGAGAGGAUCUUCCACAGCUAGCAACCAUUGUUGUUCUUCGAGGACAGAUGGAGAAGAGAUCAUCUGCAGAAGAUACUCCCAUCACAAAGGCUGCAUUUUCCUUCCUCCAGGAUAAUCUUUCAUCACCCUUCGCUUUUCCUGGUUGGAACAAGGGAAGAAUUGUCUGUCAAAAAUCACAGCUCAAGCGAAUGUUGUCAGGUGCUGAAUCUCCAUCUGAGGGGUCCAAAAGUGAUGCAAUAACAACUUUAAGCAAUGCUCCUUUUCCUCCUCUACGGGUUAUGACUUCCAUGAGCCAAAGUCAUAGGGUCGAACCUGAAGCAAGAGGGCAGAAGAAAUCGGAACUUUUAGGUAGCACAGUUUAAUAGGCAAUACAAAUUCCAUCUAUCAAAUAUUCGACCUCGAAUGUUUAUUCUUCCCAUCAUAGAAGCAGGAGUUCAAACUGAAAGGAUAAUUGCUCUCUGAGCUUAGUGUUUACCAACUUUUGGGUCGAGAAAUUAUGAGCUCACACUGAGCAUUCUCUGGCCGUCUUCUUUAUGGCCUUAAGACAGCAUGAGCUUCAAUCUCGAAUGCUUCACUUUGGAGUGAAGGGAUGAUGGGAAGUGAUGUAAUUUUGUAGCUCUCCUGCAUUAGCUGAAGGUGUACAUUAAGUUUCUUUAUGUAAUAAAGGGCUAUCUUUUUGGCUUUAUAA